GUAUUUUUUUGUGUGCUUAAUUGUAGCCGUUGAAGCGGGGGAAGAAAACAAGGAGGCAUUUAGAUGUCUUGCAUUUUGAGUUAGUGAAGCAGUCAAUCGGUUGAUUAAUCCGCUUUUAGCGUGUGUACCGUACCUUCCCAUAUUGUGCGCUAUACGGUAGACACGUUUUGCGUUUUUCAUUUUGGGUUUGUUACAUGCAUGAGCAGGACAACUGAAAUCAUCAUCGCCAUCGCUGUAGGUAGUGUUGCCGUUGUCUGAAAAGAAGGAUAAUGGGUAAGAGUAAAAUGAGCAGUUCCGAAGAAGUCUCUUGGGUAACAUGGUUUUGUGGACUGCGCGGCAAUGAAUUUUUCUGUGAGGUCGAUGAGGAUUAUAUACAGGACAAAUUCAAUUUGACCGGCUUAAAUGAACAAGUACCCAACUAUAGAAAUGCACUUGAUAUGAUCCUUGAUCUCGAACCAGAAGAUGAUCUGGAAGAGAAUCCACUGCAGUCGGAUAUGACAGAGCAGGCAGCAGAAAUGUUGUAUGGAUUGAUACAUGCUCGAUACAUUUUAACAAAUCGCGGAAUUGCGCAAAUGAUCGAAAAAUACCAAACUGGUGAUUUCGGACAUUGCCCACGUGUAUAUUGUGAAAGCCAGCCCAUGUUACCUUUAGGUCUAUCAGAUAUACCUGGUGAGGCUAUGGUAAAAACCUAUUGUCCCAAAUGUAUUGAUGUAUAUACGCCAAAAUCAUCACGUCAUCAUCACACGGAUGGUGCUUACUUUGGUACAGGAUUUCCACAUAUGCUCUUUAUGGUACAUCCUGAAUAUCGUCCUAAGCGGCCGACUAACCAAUUUGUUCCAAGACUUUACGGCUUCAAAAUUCAUAGCUUAGCUUAUCAAAUUCAACUGCAGGCUGCAGCCAACUUUAAAAUGCCACUACGAGCGAAAAAUUAAUAAAAAUUAAGAAUUAUAAACCACAAACAACUCAAGCAAACUUAAAAAUGUAGAGAUCAGAAUGGAAAUUCAUUUUGUUUAAGAAAUACAAUUGAAAGGCAGCCAAAAACACACAAACUUUAGAAACUGCGAUACAAAAACCAAUCAGCACAAAUUGUAUUGAAUUUUACAUGGCAAUCGUCUUUCGCUAUACGCGUUAAAAAAGUUGAAAAUGUCAGCCAUAAGCAAUUUCAUUAUUAACAUAUACAAAAAUACGUAUUGCAAAAACACGAUUCACACAUUUACUAUCUCAGUCAACCUACAAGUCCUAGUAUUGAAUUUUUGUAUUGAUAAAGCAUGUAAAAAAACAUCCAUUAGUCAUUACUCACUUCAUGCUAUCCUUCCCAACACAAAUCUACCAUAAAAGUGACGAAAUUCAAUACAAUCUAGCCCUUUUUCUAUUACGCUGUACAUUUUUUAUUUUUAUAUACAUACAACUCCUCUGGUAGGAACUAGAUAACAUUCACUGCUUCACAUCAACUUGCAUUCUGUUAAUGUAGUUUUGAAUGAUGAAUAAAUUUUAAUAUUAGAAAAUAAUAGUUUUAUAUACAAGUUCGUAAUGCAAGGUAGAAUUUAAUUGGAACUAAAAGCAAAAGCUGGCACGUCUUCGCUAAGGCAAAAAGAUAAAACUUUUCUAUUUCAUAAUCGUUAUAAAACUCGGAACUAGUUUAUGAAUAGUAGAGAUACCAUUAAAAUAAGUUUGUAAUAAUUCUAGUAAUAUAUUUUGAAACCGGUUGUUUUUUGUUAUAUAACAAGAACUACCAUCAAGGUGUCAUCUUUGAUAAUAUGACAUUUAAAUGGAAUGUUUCGCAUCGAUACACGACGAAUUAAUAAUGUCCAGAAACUAUCAAAAAUAUAAACGUAAAAGCUGGCAAUGCAUAUUAAUGUAUUCAUAUAAAAUAGAAAAUGGAAAAAUUAAAUUUUGAAAUGUUAAAACGAAUGUAGAAAAAUAUUUUUGCUGGGGUUAAUAACAACUCAAUACUAAAUCAUAUUUUCAUUUUACAGUAAAUUUGGCGAGCAUAUUUAUAUUUGUAUACUUCAAUAGAAAAUAUAGUUACCAUUAAAAUUUAAA